AUGAUGGAAUGGAAUUGCUGUGGUAUUAAACCACUGGCUCUAUUUUUGACUUUUUUCAUUCUUUUCGGCUCGGGAUUGAUGUUAUUUGGAGUUUUAUUUGGAGUGUUGGGUCCCGUCUCAACAAAUCCACCAGAAAUUUCUACAUUCAAUGAUUUGGCUUUGAAAUGGCAAGCCACCAACAGACAAGUUUUUACAUCCUACAAAUUCAACUUAACAGCUAUUUUGACUUCCAAUGCUCCCACUCCAUCUCCUUCCGUUUCAAUAUCGUCACUACCACCGAUGCCGUCGCCGUCUGUCUCAUCUUCCUCUCCAUCUCACCUCUCUCAUGACAACAAUUUUGAUACUAGUAAUGAAUAUUACGAUGAAAAAUCUGUGGAUUUACAUGCACCAGGUGUGGCCCUUCCGCCUUUGUCGUACUCAUAUUCACCUCGUCACCACUCCGAUUCGAGUCUUCAUAACGGUGACAAUCUCUCCAGCGCCACACUUCCAACAGGUCAUAGUAGUGCCAGCACCACACGCUCCAUAUUGACAAGCGAGUUGCCACCAUCACCAAUAACUACAUCUCCUCCAUCAAAAGACUCAGAGUCAAGCUUCACUGUGCUCAAUCAAGCUCCGUUCUCCCUCAAUACUCAGCCGGAUGUAUUUCAUCCCGAUAAUCCAAUCUUUUUAGAAAAGUAUAACUCGUUUAAAUUUCAAAUUGAUUCCAAAAAUCCUUCCACAUUAUUCACUGAUCCAAUUCGAACCAAUUUUAGUAAGGCAUUGUUUUUGAAUAUCACUUGGUCCUCAUAUCCUCAGAAAAUUCUUUCAGGAGAAAAACCAGGUAAAAAUGGUGGAGGAAGUGGCGGUGGCAUUUCCUUACUUUCACUUUUAUCCUCACUCUUUACUUCAGAAAAUUUGGAAUCCACUAUGACUGCUCAAGAACUGUCACAAACCAACGCUCUUCAAGUUCCUCUGAUUUAUUUAUUUCUCAAGACUGAAUCCCCUAUUCAUCAGAGCUCAUCUGGAUGUCGUUAUGGAUUCCUAGAGAAUGGAAAAUGCUAUCUCGUUCAUCGAUUGCGCGAAGUUUGCAUUAAGGUAAAGGUGAAUGAUGCUGGAACGAGUGUGCAGCUUGAUAAUAGUUUUGGAGGAAUUGGAUGUGGCCCUACUGAUGUUCCUUAUCUAUCGUCGAUAGGUUCAAGUUAUUCAGGUCUCACCUAUAUUUAUUCUGUCAUUUAUAACAAUCAAGAUGUAUACAAUCACACUGUAUUAUUUAGUGAUUUGGUCAUUACACUUAGGAGUUCGAAAGAUCCAUAUGUUUAUGCCGAAUACAUUACCAAUGGUACCUUAAAUUUUCAACCUUGGGACAAGUAUUAUCAUGGCAACAUUUUAGAAGGAGAUAUUGGAUUUGUAAGAGGAUUUUUUGGAUUUGGAUCAUUAGGCUUGGGAGUUCUUAUUGUGUUACCUUCUCUACUAUUUUGUUUCAUUUUCUGUUUUUGUAGUGAGAAAUUGAGGAGGAAAUUCAUGGUGGAUGACAUGAGAGAAGAACAUGCUUUACUAUUGAAUUUGAGUGUUGAAAAAGAGCAAAAAAAGAAUUUGAAAGAUUAUUUAUUUCCCAAUACUGAAAGUGACUGA